AUGACCUCCAUUUUGUCGUCAAUUGUCGGAAUAAUAAUUUCUCUUUUGAUCAUUAAUGGGAUACAAUUUCUGUUGUGGCUAUCACAGAAAUCGAAGCAAAACCAACAAAAACCUGGUAAUAGGAUAUCAGAAACAGUUAACCACAAUCAAAGAUCAACAGUAAGAUCCUCGCGACCACGACAUGAAGCUGCCGAAAACUUUUGCACUGCCGAUCAAUCUAACUCCCAGAAUGAGACUUUUGCUGACUUUCGAGCCCGGUUGCUUUCUGCCCGAGAUGUCACUGGGCCACAAUCUGAAGUAUCAGUUGGCUCCUUUACGCAAAAGAAAGAUGGAAAGCAACUCAGGAUGAAAUUCAGAGAAGUAAAGGAAAGAGCUAAAAAUAGGAUCCAAACGGUGACUGACAAGUAUUCUACGAAGGUCCGAAAGGCAGGAAGACGAAGCCUGUCUGUCAGUACAAACUCAACCGUGGAAGAUGAUUCUUCGAAGACACCACACUAUGAUGAUGACGAUCCACCACCACCGUAUUCAUUGCAUUGA